GUUGAAGAAGUUGAGAAUUAGAGAGCUUUCUGGAAACAGCUGUAACUUUUUUUUCUCUUUUUUUAUUGUUGCAUACACUAUGUCUGAAGCUACAGAACAAAAGAACCACAAACGUUUCAGAAAAGACAAACCUUGGGAUACUGACGAUAUUGAUCACUGGAAGAUUGAAGAGUUCAAACCCGAACACCUUGCGCAGCCCUUUACGGAAGAGUCUUCUUUUGCAACUCUUUUUCCUAAAUACAGAGAAGCCUAUUUGAGAGAAUGCUGGCCUCUUGUAACUAGAGCCCUUGAGAAACAUGGUAUUGCUUGUGUUCUUGAUUUAGUUGAGGGUAGUAUGACUGUCAAGACAACAAGAAAGGCAUAUGAUCCUUAUGCUAUUUUGAAAGCAAGAGACCUUAUCAAGUUGUUGUCUAGAAGUGUGCCUUUCCCUCAAGCCGUUAAGAUUAUGGAAGAUGGUAUUGCUUGUGAUAUUAUCAAGAUUGGUAAUAUCACUCGUAACAAGGAGCGUUUUGUAAAGCGUAGACAAAGAUUGAUCGGCCCUAAUGGAUCCACAUUAAAGGCUCUUGAAUUAUUGACAAAAUGUUAUAUGAUGGUACAAGGUAAUACAGUCUCUGCUAUGGGUCCAUACAAAGGUCUCAAGGAUCUUCGUCGAAUCAUCAUUGACUGUAUGAAGAAUAUUCAUCCUAUUUAUCACAUCAAGGAACUUAUGAUUAAGCGUGAGCUUGCCAAGGAUCCUAAAUUAGCACAGGAAAACUGGGACAGAUUCUUGCCUCACUUCAAGAAGAGAAAUGUCAAGUCAAAAAAGAAGGUUAUCGAAAAGCCAAAGAAAGAAUACACACCAUUCCCACCAGCACAAACAAAAUCCAAAAUCGAUUUACAAUUGGAGAGUGGCGAGUACUUCCUCAACAAACAAAAAGAAUCAAAAUCAAAGAAACAGUAAAUACAUCAUUCAUUUUAACGUAUAAUAAAUUCUGCAUUUUCCUUUUUAUUUUGCCUGUCUUUUUAGAGAUAUAAUAAACUAUGC